GUCUUUAUUUAAAUCCCGUGUGGACUGUUUAACGUCACUCAUUGAAUCUGUGAUGUAAUGUAUUGGUGGUAAACAGCAGCUGGGCUAAACGUCCGCUCUUAGAUUUCUAUUUCUAGACCUAUCCUGGCCGCGCUGUGAUUGGCUGCCUGACCUGUCAGUCACGGUGUCCUUGCCGACCAUUUCCGCCCUGUUUGAGAAGCAGCUCGCUUUUCGUUUGUUUAUGUCAGUUGACCAUUAACUUGACCUUAAUUCCCAGGUAGUGUGCUUGGCUGUCUGUGAUGCUUGGAGCGAGGCUGGGCAAAGGGACAGGCCGAUGGUGGAAACAUGACUUCUGAGUAACGCCCAGUUACUUUCUCUGCUCAGUAUGAACAGCGAGGAAGAAUUUUACGACGCCGAGACAGGGCUGGAGUCAGAUGAUUCCUGUGAGGUCAGUUUUAAGGAUGCCCUGGUGUUUGACAGUAAGCAGGGGACUGACGGCGGCGCCAAACAGGAGAAUGGAGUGUGGGAGCGCAGGAAAACCCUGCCCGCUGAAAUGAUAUCCAGGAACAAUUACAGUGUUUGGAACAUAUUGAAGAAAUGCAUCGGCAUGGAGCUAUCCAAAAUAGCAAUGCCGGUUGUGUUUAACGAGCCACUGAGCUUCCUCCAGAGAAUGUCGGAGUACAUGGAGCACGCUCACCUCAUCCACAAAGCCUGCACUCUGUCUGACUCAAUAGACCGCAUGCAGGUUAUUGCUACGUUUGCUGUUUCGUCUGUAGCAUCUCAAUGGGAAAGGACUGGAAAGCCAUUUAAUCCUUUACUGGGGGAGACGUAUGAACUCAUAAGAGAGGAUGAGGGGUACAGAUUGAUCUCGGAGCAGGUGAGCCACCACCCCCCUGUCAGUGCCUUCCAUGCCCAGUCUGUGAAACAAGAGUUUGAGUUUCACGGCUCCAUUUGCCCAAAACUCAAGUUCUGGGGCAAAAGUGUGGAGGCCGAGCCCAAAGGCACUAUGACACUGGAGCUACUGAAAUAUAAAGAAGCGUACACAUGGACAAACCCAAUGUGCUGUGUGCAUAACAUCAUCCUGGGAAAACUCUGGAUUGAGCAAUAUGGAACCGUGGAGAUAGUCAACCAUAGCACUGGAGAUAAGUGUGUGUUGAACUUCAAACCAUGUGGCGUGUUUGGGAAAGAGCUGCACAAAGUCGAAGGUCAUAUUCAAGACAAAAGUAAGAAGAAGCGGCGAGUGAUCUAUGGAAAGUGGACAGAGUGCAUGUACAGCGUGGACCCCAAGAUUUACGAAACGUACAAGAAGUCCGACAAGAAGUCGGGGGGAGAGUCAAAAAAGCUGAGACAGGGACAUAGUUGUGAAGCUGAGGAUGCUGAUGAAAUGCCAGAAGUUCAAGAGACUGUGACUGUGAUACCAGGAAGUGCCUUACUGUGGAGGAUAACGCCGCGUCCUGCUCACUCAGCACAGAUGUAUAACUUCACCAGCUUUGCCAUGUCACUAAACGAGCUGGAGCCCGGCAUGGAGAGACUACUGGCUCCAACAGACUGCCGGCUGAGGCCCGACAUCAGAGCCAUGGAGAUUGGAGACAUGGACUUAGCGAGUACAGAGAAGGAGCGGUUAGAGGAGAAACAAAGGGCCUCACGCAGGGAACGCUCCGUGGAUGAAGAGGAGUGGUCCACCAGGUGGUUUCAGCUGGGAACAAACCCUCACACAGGAGCCGAGGACUGGCUGUACACAGGUGGAUACUUUGAUAGGAAUUACACUGACUGUCCCAACAUUUAUUGACAUUGGAGGAGGUGCUCAGUGGAAGAUCUCCUCCUCGCUGAUAGGAUUCACUUUAUUUCUCAGCAUCUUCAAUUUUGUGUCAUUGUGACGCUCACUGGUACUGUGUCCUUUGCUUGAAUCCAUAAAAAGCUGAUAUCAGAAUGUUAUCAGAACAGUUUAUCAGAUGAAUACUGACUGUGCACUUGGUUCCACAGGAGAAAUGGGAUAUAAAGGAGAAUUAUAGAGUUUACUUAUUUGUAAAUGUUGACAUAAACAUCUUCCAUCUUUAUAUGCCCUAAUCAUGACAAUAAUAGUCCCCAGAUAUGUUGCUCACCUGUCGAGGGUUUUUAAACUUCUGUGUGUGAGUGUGUGUGUGUGGGUGUGGUGCAGGACAGAAAGCUCAGACUUCUAGAACAUAUAUUCUCAGUUUUAGUUCAGGUGCCCAACCCUAAUCUUACCUAUAGACGUACUUCUUGUCCAGUGGCAUUUAAAUAUCAGGGGUUAUUUAAACACAUCUGCUACUUUUUAUAUAUAUAUAUAUAUAACUAUAUAUUAGAUGUGUAUUUUCGUUAGCUGUUAACAUCCCUAAAUUGUCACGUGUGAUACAUUUUCUGUGAAUAGAGUAGAGAUGAAAGCUGCUUAUAACCAUGUUUACCUUCAAGGUAAAUACAUUGUUGGUACAUCACGUUAUCGUCGGCUGUAACAUAGAUAAUGUGUAUAAUAAUUGGUGCAUGCAUUUCCACCAAGAUGAUUAUUUACACAAGUUAAAGCCAUAAAAACCUUUUCUGCACUAAGUUUAAUACUGUAAAUGGCUUCACAUAAAAUGUUAAAGCGCGUCUUGGUUUAAAUUCUGACACUAUGAGAAACCUGUUGAUGGGAUAUUCUGAGCCACCCAGUCCAAACAAUAUUAAUGAAAAGUUCAUAUUAAUGGAUUUUGUGACUCCUAUUCUUUGUCUUACUUUAGACAAAUUAACUGUAAACAGUAAAUAUAACGUUGCCAUAGAGCCAGUUAGUUAGCUGUGUUUUUGUUUCUUGUAUUUGUUCAUUUUGCAAAUUGGCGCCAUUAAAACCGAAUUAGCUAUUAGCAGUUCCUGUUUGCGAUGUACCCAUAAAAUAUUCAGACAACUACAACUGGAUGACUUUGUUACUGAAGCAACGU